AUGGCGCCAUCCACAGCGAUGGACGCGAUCCCAAAGCUACAAGCAGAUGGUAGCAACGCUUACCACUGGGAAGCAGCAUUGAAGCUGUACGCAAAUAUUCACUCUAUCGGAGGUCUACUCGACGGCAGCUACGUGGUUCCAUACCCAGAAACACCUCACUAUCAAACUGAACCGACAACUACGUCAUCGGCAUUCAACACGCCACAACUUCUGCUUGACGCUCAACAACGCGUACGAGCCCACAACAAAGAAGUUACUACACAGUACGACAAAGACUUACCAAGAUCAGUAUGGGACAACGUCAUGAACCUGCCCACAGUGAGGCAGAAGUACGAAGCUAUUACAGCUCGUUAUCGUGAACAAGGCGUCACUGAAGAGUGUACUAUCUGGGCAGAUUUUUUCAAACUGAGAGCUCAAGACUGCCCCUCUACAGCCAACUUCACCGACAAGUUCAAAGCAGGACUUGCAAAGCUUGACGUCAUCGCAGACUGUAAGCUAUCUAACAAAGCUCGAGUGUAUCA